CAGAGGCACAGCGGCUGCUUAAUGAGCAAGUGUCGCAUCAAAGCGAGCACCAGAGCACGCUCCGUCUGCGGUGGAACGUGGCCAUCCUCGUUGUGGCUGCUUGGAUCUCGCACACAGGCAUAUAUCACCACGUGAAAAGCUACGGUCAGGCGACAGGCAUUACCCCUGCCUUUGUGUGGUUUUUUGUCGAGUGGACCAGCUUGGGUCUCCUGGUAUAUAACAUUGGCGAUGCUGUGUGGUGCCUGCUCCAGCCGAAAAAACAGUACACGAGCCUUGCCAUGACCCCAAGCCAGAGGUUGCGUAUGGGGCUCGAUUCGCGCGCAGUGUCCACGGCAAAGAGGCCCCCGAUUGCUGCUCCCUGCAUGACGCCCUCCAAGGUCUCCACUAAAACCCAUACCCCGGCCCGGGUAACCGACAUUGAGAUUCGCCGCAACACCCCCAGCAGGGGAACAGUCGCUUUAAUGGCAACCCCGCACGCCCUGCGCUCGCCGCUCUCGCUGUCAGUGAAUUCAGUGCACGCCGACUACUCGACCGCCAGCGACUUUCUCACGCUUACCCAGGUUUUGAAAAAGGUUCCUGGCAUCAACGCUGCCACCGCUGCCGCAGAAAAUGCUCAGGGCACGCCCUCCCAGACGCGCCCUAGCGCCAGUAUUUCUUUGGCCAACCCCCUCAUGUCAAGCGGCUUGGCUGGGUCGAACCUGGCUACGCCCCGCCUUCCGGUGGGCCGGUACGCAUUCAACGAUAUUAUGCCUAUUACUCCGCAGCAGCACUUGCGCCCCCAGCUGACCAUUGGUCUGUACCAGACAGCCACCCCGGUCAGCCGCAGGACUGGCGGCGAGGGUAUGAAGGGCACAAACAAGGAACGCGCAGCUGGUGAGGUUGACUACCAGGAGCCGCACGAGGUGCUGGAGAAGUACGGCGUGGAGCGCGAUAUCUUUGACUGGGUCGAAAACAUGCACUCGUGGUUUGUGCGCCACCUGCUUCGUCCGCUUUGCAAGCAGAUUGGCGAGCUUGACCACCUGUUUGAGCAGAACGGCUGGGCCAUCUGUCGUGCAGGCGUGCGGUGCUCGACACUCAGGCCCUCGAACAGGCCAAGGCCAGCGCGGUGCCGACCGGACUUGGCCAGUUUGGAUCAGGCCUUGGCACAUCGGCACUUGGUGGCGGUUUCGGAGGCAGCUUCGGUGCCACCAACUACUCGACCACGAACCAGCCCGCGCAGCAAACUAUUCCUCAGAAUUUGGUUGAACUGUCGGUAAAGUAUGCUGAUCUGCCCCAGACCAAGGAGCGCAUGGCAUUGGAAAAGUACCUGCUCAUCCCUGGCUUCAACUGCAGAGAGUACAUUGUUCAGCGCGUGCACACCCUUUCGCAGAGCGGCGCCCUCCCGGCAUACAAGUUUGACGGAG